UUUUCGUAAGACUAUUUGUAAUUCACAUAGUCACACUGUGAACCUGCUUCCAGAAAAAAAAUGAGAAAUCUAAGUAAACACACGUUGAAAAUAGGCUAAAAAUAGGUCAUCACAAUACAGCUUUACAUAAUACCGUAUUAUCCCUUUCCUAACAGUCGCACCACGAAGCGAAGUAUUGUGUGCAUAAUGUUUACGGACGAUCCGUCACUGCGUGGUGAACCCGAUCAACCCAGUCCACUGGCCUUGUUCAGAAAGGCUCACACGCUGUCUAGAGAGAAGUUGUGUUCACUGACUCGACUGCCUCUUUAAAGUUGCCAAUCGCAAGCGGGCACCAUUCAUUCAUUUCGUUGUACAAAGUGCAAACAGAUCAGCAGAAGUUUUUCAAAGGCAGCAAGAAUUGUACUGUUUGUGUGUCCCGAAUAUAGGCCUACUUCACAACCGCAGGAGUGACUGUGGGUUUGGUCACAUUGCUGUAGUUGUGGUGGUUGGUUGUUUUGGGGCCGAUCGGUAUCCAUGAUGGACGUGGACGCAUCGCUGACACUUCUAGGUGGCUUCGGCCUGGUGCAGAGCCUCAACUUCCUGGUGUACCUCCUGUGUUCCGGUAGCUCGGGCUGGCUCCUCACCGGAGUCUCGUUCACCAUCGGGGAGCCGGACGGCUACCGGUGCAGCCUGCCGCCUAUCAACGGCACGGGAGUGGGAGACACCGUGUUCGCGGAGGAGUGUGAGCUGAUUCACGAGGACGAGGAGGCAGGGAAGAACGUGACGACAGGGUGCCUGUAUGGAUGGGACUAUGACUCGAUACAUGGGGAGACCAGUAGCGUCACUGAUUUGGAGCUAGUUUGUGAUCGCGCCAUCCUCGCUGGCACCCUGACCUCCAUCCAUUUUGGCGGGGCCCUCGCUGGCUCCUACGUCCUUGGCCAACUAUCGGAUCUGUUCGGCAGACGCUUGAUCGUGUUCGGCUCGGUGAUAGCAGUGGUCGUCACUGGAACAGGUUUGAGUUUCACCUGGAGUUUCGGCCUGAUGUGUUUUCUGCGAUUCCUCAAUGGCUGCUGUAUACCGGGUUUGCUUACAGUGUCGUACGUUCGUCAGAUAGAGAUGUUCACGCCGAAUCGCCGUGUGCGGGCGCAACUCUGCAGUGAGAUGGCCUGGGUUAUCGGCAUCUGUUUGCUGUCUCCGAUGGCUUAUCUCCUGCCGAACUGGCGAGAUUUCCAGCUGACCAUAUCUCUGCUCUGCAUUCCUCUGAUCCCCCUAGUUUGGUUCUCAUUCGAAUCCAUCCGAUGGUUGGUCCUGAAGGGCAGGGUGGAGGAAGCCGAGGAGAUCCUCCAGAGGAUCGCCAAGUCCAAGAACAUCUCUCACACUGGCUACUUCCUCCUGGACCAGCAAGACCCGGACCUGCAGAAUGGCAAUCAGCCAUCUAAGGUGGACGCCAUCGAACUGGAAACCAAGCCCGCCCUAGAAAACGAGGGCUCCAACCCGGAGAAACCGCCACUUGAAGACCAGGACAGUGUGCCCGCUGUGGAUGAUUCCAAGCGGCAGUCACCCGGAUCUAAGACGAAUAAGGCCACCAUCUUGGAUUUGUUCAAGACGCGAGCUUUGAUCAUGCAGACACUGUUCGUGUUUUUCUGCUGGUUUGCAAGCAGCGUGGUGUACUACGGCUUCUUUAUCAACGCCGGUAACCUUGUUGGGAACAAGUAUCUCAACUUCUUUCUGAUAUCGCUGACAGAGGCUCCAUGCUACAUCAUCAAUUACUUCGUCAUGACAAGGCUCGGCCGUCGGCGACCACUUAUAUUCUACUAUCUUGUCAGUGGUGUGGCUUGUGUGGUGACAGGUGUAAUACCUGCAGAAACGGCUGACGGUACCGACCUCACCGUGGUCAUUCUGGUCAUUGCUUUGAUUGGCAAGUUGUUUGCAUCAGCAGCCUUUGAUGUACUGUACCUUGCAACGGCAGAAAUUUUCCCCACCAUUCUAAGGAGCGCUGCAGUGGGAGCUGCGUCCGUGGUGAGCCGAGCCGGAGGUAUGGUGGCACCGUUCAUAGUUUAUCUGAAUGUGAUCCACAAUUCCAUCCCAAUGAUCGUGUUCGGUGUGGUGUCUCUAGUGGCCGGGUUGCUGGUCCUUCCCCUGCCUGAGACCAACAACCGAGCCCUGCCGGAGACGCUAGAUGACGGGGCCAAACUUACCUCUAAAGAGCCAACAGAGGAUGAUGCUUCACCCGCGGAAGUCUAAAAAAGCCAGUUCAGCGGACAACGUGGAUUGGUCCAUAAGGGCGACGCGAUGGUUGCCGCCAUAAUGCGUUCUGUAAAUAAUGGUCGGACGCGACCAGUUUUUACUGGUUUUUACGUGUGUAGUAUGUUCCCUCUUGGCGACGCGCAAAGUUUUGUUUUUUUGUUUUUUUUGUUGAUUUCAUGCCGGCAACUUAUUCAAGUGAUGCAAUCGCAAUUCAUGAAUACUUCAUGAGCAUCUGGAAUACCAAAGGCAAACGUCCCUGGCCACUCCACCCAAUUCGUGUCACGGCCUUUCCCGAUUAGUUUUGAAUUCCAAAGUCACGGCGGCCUGGUAAAACGGCUAAGUAAUGGCGGAAACAUUGUGCCAGAUAUUGUUAAAAUUAACGGAGCAGAGGCCUCAGUAAUACAUUCGCCAUGCUGGGGUGUCUCCGUGACUCAUGAGCGUACUCACCGAUUCGGUGAUGUGACUGGUCUACAUUAUUAUAAAGAAACAAAAGACAUUAAAACCUCCAACCAUCGGAUGGCAGGGGUAGGUGUGAUGUCUUUUGUAUAUUGACAUGGGGCCGGACUUUUCCCCAGCUUUGGGCACUGUUCCCUUCCUAAUAAAAAAAAUAUACCACUUGUAACACGAUGGCUAUUUUGGAUAUGCAAAGAAAAACGUUUCCAAACAGUUCAUAUUUUAUUAUCAAGCUUAUCAUUCUUUUUUUUUUGUAUAAUAUUUACAUCUACAAACGUAGCAAGGACACAUGGUAAGUACGGCGUAAGUAAUUAUGAUGUACGCCACCAUAUACAAUUAUUGUGAAAGGUUUUUGUACCCCGAUUUCGUUUUGCGGGUGCCGCCGACAAUGUUUGACUUUUUUUUCUCAAGCAAAUGACUAUAACCAGCUACAAAGCAUUAUAAACAUACAAUGUACAGUAUUUUAACUUCUAUUAACCGAUAUUUAUAAAUUGUAAAGAUCAAGCAUGCAGCUUGUAAUCAAUGUAUUCGAAUUUUGUCUGUCUGCGCCUUAAAUUGGACUGAAUCAGUCAAGCAUUAGUCAAGAAUUAAAGUACAAUAUUGAGUUCUUAUAGGCCACCUGCAUUGGGAAACAGGAUAUAUGUGACGUGUACUUUUCGUACAGAGUAUUGCAUUGCAACUUAAAUCAUAAUGUUACCAAAAUUAAGACUUACAAAACUUAAUUUACGCAGAUAUGGGACGAAAUUACAGUGUGGAUGAUAUCCUACAUGACACCAAAUGCUGACGUCAAAUCAGGCAGUCCACAUGUCUCAAUUGGGUAGGAUAGAAAUCAGCACCCUCAUUUCGUGGAGUGCCAUGGCCUAGUGGUCUAGGGCGUUGAAUUCGUGGUCCACGGGUAUAUCUGCAUGUUGUGGGUUCGAGCCCAGCCUGGGGCGGGCAUAAUGGGUAGAGGCAUUAUUAAUGCCUUGCUUUGGACUAGUUACCUAUCUCAACCCUAUUCAUACCGUGAGGAGAUCAGAUUAUCUCGUCUUGUUUCAGUGUGAGGGGCUGGUCCGGUCUGCAUGAUUUUGUUCUGGUCUUUAAUCGGUUUCAAAGCAUUGUUAUGUGAAACGUAUUUGUUACCACGGCAACCGAAUUGAAAAGUUUGGUCUGUUUUACAACAAUUGUUGAGAUGUACAAGUUUUGUUUUGCAAAGAAACCCCCAUGUUUUCUGUUCUCUCACCUGGUAGGCUAAGUAUUCACUUCAGACAAAAUGGCUGGUCACAUGAUUUAUUGCAAUGCAUUCUGGGAAUCCAUGAUCUUCAAUGUAGACCGUGUAUUUAAUAUUUAAGUAUUACUUUUACAGCAAGUUUAAUAUUAAAUUGCUUAUACACACGAUAAACAUGUGUGGGAUAUUAUAGGUUUGAUACCGCAGUUAAACAUUUUACGAAGAAAAUUUAUAUUUUUGAAAUAACCAAGACGUUAAAAUUUCAAGAGUGACAAAGCAAUGUAAAAUUUGAGUAGAAAACUUUGCAUUUCUCAGAAAAACAGUAGGUUUCUCUUUUAUGUUAAAACCACGAUGUAAAAAGUGGAAAUGUAAAUAAACAGUUAGAUUUCCUAAGGUGUAACCUUAAAUUCUUUGAUACAUGCAGAUUUAAAACAGGCAGCUUUCUAUGUACAGAUUCAUUAUACGCUUAGUUUGUAUGAUUAUUUACUCAUUUGAUUACUCACCCAAUGCUGCAGGCAAAGUUGGAAAGACGUGUAUCUAGAUUUGCUUUUAAAGGCGAUUAAAUUUUCUUAGCAAUACUGUUUUUCUGCAACUUCUCUUCCUAAAUGUAUGAAACCUAUUUGAUAUUCGCAUUCUAUGUAAUUUUUUUAUUGGAAAAGGGCACUUCUUUAAACCUUUAAAACGGAGAACGGAGGGCGCUGUUGCAUGUCAUUUCAGGAAGACACUGUUCAGUUUAGGACUUUUCUGUUCAAAUGAACCCCAAAUUUGCUUAUUGGAAAUGUUUUGGGGAAAGGUUUGCUAAUUGGCUUACUGCCAUGCACUAACCCAACAACGAAUCAUCAAAUGAAAUACAUUUUUACGACCGCAAACUAUCCAAAGUUCUAGUAACAUUUUUGUGCUGAAAUAGCUGUAACACUGAGGUUUUUGUAUGCCCGAUAUGACAUCACAGUUUCUCUUAUGAAAAUGGAAAUUCGCAUCAGCAUAAAAAAUCAAAAUCUAAAUACCCCUGAAAAUGACAAAACGAAAAUUGAAUAUAAGGUUGAAAUGGGACACAAAGGUGCAUUUUCAAAGACGGCAUUAAAAUAACUUGUAUUGAAUGGGCCCUUUAGAAUCAUGUUUUAACGGCAACUAAAGUCAUGUUUUAACUAAAUAUAUAUAGGCCUGAACAGCAUUUCUACAUAUAUUUGUGAUAACUUAAAAAAUUAGAAGCAUGUUACUGUUGUAAAAUACACAACUGUUUUGUUAAGCUUUGCAUAAUAAAUUUCAUAGGCAUAUUCUGUACUACAAUUUGAUAAAAUGUUCUUACUAUUAUAAAGGUAUGUACAGUAGGUUUCACUUUCUGAUCGUGGCAUUGUCCAUACAGGGUGAGUCAAACGGAAAGUGACCAGGAUUAAUUCAUUUUAAAAAAGCUGGUUAUUCCACUCGUGAAAAAAAAAGCUUCAAAUGACCUCGAAAGCUGCGGCCAAAAUGUAGACCUGUUGUAGCCCAUAAUCCCAUAAGUCAUGUACAUGAUGUAAAUGUCUGCUCUUAUAAAGCACAACUACUCACGAGGUCAUGACUGUCAAUUAAAAAAAGAUUCCCAUUUGUUGAACGUCA